AUGAUACUAACGACCGAGCACAUUGCCAUUGCAGAGCUGGUGGUCUAUAUACCCGUUGCUUUGGUCUCAAUAUUCGUGGUUCUGAGACAUGGGUUCCAUCGCCAACUAGGAUGGAUCUACUUAUUUGUUCUCUCUGGUAUUCGGAUCGCUGGCGGCGUCAUGGAGAUCCGCAGUCAUAAUGACCCAAGCAAUACGACUGAUAUGGAAUGGGGGAUUAUCUUGCAAUCUGUCGGGUUGUCACCGCUAUUACUGUCGAGUCUAGGACUUUUGAAGCGAGUGGCCGGAAUAUACUCCAAGCGAGCCACGGCCACCUCUCGUCGUAGUCGAGCAGUCCAGCUUCUUCAUGUUCCGGCGCUCAUUGCCCUUGUGCUUUCUAUUAUGGGCGGUACAGACCAAUUUUCGUCAAACGUAUCAGACCACAGUUCUGGGAAGACCGAAACCAGGGCAGGUGUCUUGCUCUUUUUAGCCGUCUAUAUCUGUCUUUUCUUGCUAUGCAUGAUCACCUUUCCGGACACAGGGGUCAUGCAAAGUAGCCAAAAGCGCAUUUUUGUGUGCGUCUUGAUCGCGCUGCCACUCAUCGCCGUCCGCUUGUUAUAUUCGCUGAUCGGUGAUUUUAAUAACGACCCCAACAAUCAGUUUUCCAUUGUCAAUGGCAAUCCCACCAUUCAACUCACCAUGGCCACCAUUGAGGAACUACUGGUCGUCGUGAUGUACGCUAUUGUCGGUGUUGUCACCCCUCGUUCUCUCGGUCCGGCAAAUUAUGGGGGCAGGUAUACUCCUGCAUCACUACCAUAUCGAUCAGACCCGGAAUGCAAUCCAGAAGCGGUGAAUGCCGCUAGGUAUGCUACUCAGAAUGGAUAUGGAGGUAAUGUAUACGAUAAUCGACGUUGA